AGUCCCACUCACCAGCCGCCAAGGCAGUCUGGACCUACAGACGAACACACACUCCUCUGGGCCACUCCUCGCCCCCAGACCCCUCCUCCGCCACCAACAACUCCCACAGCCGGGGCGGCGUGGGGGACUCAGGACUGCACGGGCAAGGCAGCGGGAGGGGCUUUGAGCACCAUGGGCUGGUGAAGAAACGCAAGGGGGGCAGCAUGGAGGAACACUCGCCCUCCUCCAAACCCUCAGCGCACCGCCUGCCCUCCUCUUCUUCCAGCUCCACCACCACCUCCUCUCCACGCUCUAACUUCUACCCCUGGAAGGAUAGUAAAGGCGGGGGGCUGGCUGGGGGCGUGGAGAAGAAACUGGGCACACAGAAGCCAAAACUGCACCAUUAAGUGUGCCUGCCUUACAAGCCACUAUGAGGGAGCCAGCUCUGCUCAGUCCAAGACUGAGGCAACAGGACUCAAACGUGUGUGUGUGUUUGUGUGUGUGUGUCUGCCUGCCUUUUGUCUAUUGAGCAAACGCUCAAGUAUGAGUGUGUCAGGUUGUAUGUGCAGAGUUGGAUCUGUUGGUGUGUGAAUCUGUUUGGAUGAAUGUCUGAGGGAGAACUGGG